GAUUCAGUGCCCAGACAGCGAGUGCUAACUGGUCAGUACGCGGCGCCAAUAAGGCUGUGUUUAGAUAUAAAGUUUGGAUCUAAACUUCAGUUCUUUUCCAUCACAUUAAUCUGUCAUACACACAUAAUUUUUCAGUCACAUCAUCUUCAAUUUCAACCAAAAUCCAAACUUUACACUGAACUAAACACAGCCUAAUUCGGUUCAUUCGCCCGCGACAGAGCACAUCAUCAAGUCGAUGCCGUGGACACCCAUCACUCUCCAUCAGACGACGUGAACAAACCGGCGACGGCACCACGCACGCGCAGGGCCGUAUGGCGGCGAAGAUCCCGGUGAUCGACCUGCGGCUCGCCGGCGAGGCGCCCGGCGAGGCCGCGCGGCUGCGCGACGCGGCGCGGCGCCUGGGCUGCUUCCGCGUGUCGGGCCACGGCGUGCCGCGGGAGCUCCAGGCCGGCAUGAGGGCCGCCGUGCGCGCCCUGUUCGACCUCCCCGGCGACGCCAAGCGCCGCAACGCCGACGUCAUCCACGGCAGCGGCUACAUGGCGCCGAGCGCCGCCAACCCGCUGUACGAGGCGUUCGGCCUCUACGACGCCGCGUCCCCCGCCGACGUCGACGCCUUCUGUUCCUGCCUCGACGCGCCGCCGCACGCCAGGGAGGCCAUCAGGAGCUACGCCGAGAAGGCGCACGAGCUGGUCGUGGACGUCGCGGCGAAGCUGGCCACGAGCCUCGGCCUGGACUGCUCGUUCGGCGACUGGCCGUGCCAAUUCCGUAUCAACAGGUACAACUACACGCCGGACACCGUGGGGAAGACCGGCGUGCAGGUCCACACGGACUCCGGCUUCCUCACCGUGCUCCAGGAGGACGACCGCGUUGGCGGCCUCGAGGUCGCCGACCCGGACACCGGCGAGUUCGCGCCCGUCGACCCCCUCCCCGGCACGUUCCUCGUCAACCUCGGCGACGUCGCCACGGCGUGGAGCAACGGGGAGCUGCACAACGUGAGGCACCGCGUUCGGUGCGUGGCGGGGGUGCAGCGCGUCUCCAUCGCGCUCUUCCUGCUGGCGCCCAAGGACGACGUGGUGCGCGCGCCGGAGGCGUUCGUGAGCGCCGAGCGGCCGCGCCGGUUCAGGGAUUUCGGCUACGACGACUACCGGCGGCUCAGGCAGUCCACCGGGGAGCACGCCGGCGAAGCCCUCGCGCGAUUAGCCGCAUGAUGCAGUAAUAAUCACCUUUACCACGGUGUGUACCAUCAUGCAGUCACAUACGGGAGUACUACAAUUGAGAGGUUUACUUACAGUAUAUGUUCAAACGGGAGCGGGUGUUUACUUUGUUUGAUGCACUGCAUCAAUUAAAAUAUUAAAAUAUACUUGCAUUACAAAAGUUAAUUUGUUGAUUAAUAAUACAUGAACAAUACUUAAAGUUAA